UUUUAUUAUGAUAUAGUACAAUGAGUGUUUGCAGCUCGAAGAAUAGCAAAGAAAGUACAAACUGAACGCCCGCGCAAUCAUUAAGCAGCCGCAAAACAGUUUCGGCAAAAAUUUAGUUAAACUACACUCGUGCCACUUCACUUCGUAAGCGCAAUGACUCUCGAUGCGAACGAUACGCUUUUGGAAACAGUCCUACAAGAGUACAAAAUUUUAGCCGAAUAUGAAAGACUCCAAAGCGAAGAUCUUGGUGGUAUUUACGUAACUCCUUCGUACGAAAAUCCCUUCCUUUGGUUUGGUGUUAUAUUUGUGCGAUGUGGAGUGUACAAAGAUGGAGUAUUUCGGUUUACCAUAACUUUUCCGAGCCGAUUCCCUAACGACAGUACUGUUCCAGUCGUAACGUUUCAAAGCGAUGUGUUUCAUCCACUGAUUAAUCCCAACGACGGAGUACUGGAUCUUACGGAAGCGUUUCCCAAAUGGCAGUACGGUGAUAAUCACAUCUGGCAAAUGCUCAAAUUUGUACAAUCCGUGCUGCAAAACUUGGACAGCCAUACGAUACGUUCGGAUCACGUGGCAAAUAACGAAGCGUACGAAUUGCUGUUAGAAAAUCGUACCGAUUAUUUGAUACGCGUCGAGCAAUGUGUAGAGGAAAGCCAGCAAAAACUGUACGAGCUGCCCGCACAACCGGAUCGAUUCUAUAUAAGCUUCGAUCGAUUCAACCCGGACGUUCAUGGACCGGCACUGCAAUCAAUGAAAGAAAACAGAGGAACGGAAGUGACGACGCCCCCAUCGUCUGGCCUAUCAUGGGUACGGAAAGGAGUAUACCAGCCGCUUAGCAAGUAAUGGUUUGCCCUUUUCUAUUGGUUCCGUUUGUUGAGCAGCAAAUAUGAUAUCCGGUGUAGAAAGAACGGAGGCGAGCGUAGUUAAAUAAUUUUAUUGUUUUAUUCCAACAUUAAAUACACUCGGCGCGCCACAGAAUUUUUUGGUAAACUACUUACUAAUACUUGUGAAUGCUGCAAAGAAUGUGCUAAUAAAACGCGUUAUGCACUACAAA